AGAUAAGAUAGUGUUAUACGCUUAGAGACAAAAACGACGUUUGUUUUAGGCCAAUUAUUGCCAAAACGCACCCCGCGGGAAACCCAACCCCGCGUUUCACGUUCCAUUCCCUCCCUCUCUCCCUCUCUCCCUCUCUCUCUCUCAUAUUUUGUUGUUUCUUCUUCUGCUUUGCUUUCAGCUGCUCUACUAUGGACGAUUCCACCCUACUCAGCUCAUACCCGGCGGGCCCACUACUCCCGUCAAGCAAGCUCGGCCGCAGAAACUCCAUCUCCACUUCCGUGGUGGUCCCCGCCAAGCUCAGCCUCCUCUCCGACACCACCACUCCCACCUCAGCGACCAAGCAUCUCCAGCGCCUCCACAGCUCCACCUUCCCAAACGGUGACGUUUCGCCCCCAGCACCCCCUCAACUGGACCUGGAGUUCCUCUCCCACAAGAGCUCCGAAUCCUACACUUCUCUCAAAGACCUGCUCCCCUCCUCCGCCGCUAACUCCCCCACCGCCGCCUCCGCCAACAACUCCGGCUACGAAAUCUCCAUCCGCAACCGCCUCGUGAAACAGGCCGCCUGGGCCUACCUCCAGCCCAUGUCCUCCACCUCCGGCCCAUCGGGCCCAAACUUCCUUCGCCGCCUCUGCCAAAAGCUCUCCCCCUGCCUCUCCUUCUUCACCAACCGCAUCGUCCCCCUCCUCUCCCGAGCCCUCCGCCGCACACUCCUCUGUACCGGGCUCGCCACCUAACCCAGUCUGCCAUUUUUGUUCAUCUGUAUAUACUUCGGCUCAAAAGAAAACACAAUUGAAUGAAAGAAUUUGAAUUUAAAUUUGAAUUCGGAGUUCGAUGAAUCAAUCAAUCGAUUUCUGUUUCUGGGUUUUGUACAAUUUUUGUUCUUGUUUUUUGUGAUUACAAUCUAAUCUCUCUCACUGGAUUGGCUUAGAACGCCUGAGCCGGAGCUUCUCAGUCAACUCGUCAACCUGCCCACCAUCCGUUUGAUGUCGGGGAUGAACCACCUUGGGGGACCUCGGAGUCUCAGACAUGGCGCGGUUGACUGUGGUGGCUCUGCCAUUUGGUGUUGCUGGUGGGGAUCCUGGCUGCCACUUGUUCUUCCCGCUCGGUUUACGUAGCGGCGCUGCUGUGUCCUGCUGAUCAUCAUCGACUGUCUGCGACUGCGAGCAUGAACCAGGUGAAUGAACGACUGAAUGUGCGAUCAAGAAUUCCGGCACAUACAUACUAAACUUCGAUCGAUACUGGAAAAACCCGACAAUUGAAUUGCACUGUGAAUGUGGCGUACCUCGGUGGUGGGUUUGGUGGCGAACUUUGCGGAGUUAGCAGCCAUGUACCGAAGGGCUUGGAGGAAAGCAGCGUGGCCAUAUUGGGCGAAGUUCUGCCAGUAGAGUACCGUCAAAUCCCAGGCUCUUGCUCUCAUCUCCAGCAACUUCCUGUCUAUGUCUGUCUCAUGCUUUGCUACAUAUGGCCUCAGGAAGGUCUUGUACACAAAGAAAGUUCCCUGCAACCGCAUUUCAAACGCCAUUCCAAUGAGUCAAAUUGAAAAUCCGUGCAACCGUCUUUAUAUUGUCAGACUAUGAAUGUGGACCUCUAAUCAGGUUAAUUGUUAUCUUAAUGUUUGUGUAGUCGGUCGGACUUAUAGUCUGCUAGCAUAAGUCUAGCACAAAGUAUGCACAUUUCAAAUUGUCAUUUUAUGUUGUCAGAGUUGACGGAAUGUAUAAUCGAUCGUCUUCAAAUUCACAGUUUGCUAACAUAAGUCUAGCGAGGCGUUAUGUGUUUCUUACCUUGGUCUUUGGACACCAUAGGUAUAUAAAAAGGGCCACCUUCCCUUCA